AUAAGCCACAAAUUUCGAAAAACUACUGCAGCCUGUACCCAGAACCAGCGCCAGCCGACAGUCAGCAAGCGCCCUACUUGCUUGCCAACCUCUGUUUGUUGCAUUACAUUUAUAAAAUCAUAUACUACCCGCAUAUAUUGCUUUUGUUAAUGACAAACGAAUUUUAGGUCAAAUCUUGAUACACGAAAAUGCGUCGGCAGAAGAACGUGAGAGAAUCCCAGUACAGAGAAUGACAAAUCUUUCACUUGCGUGAAGUUGGCCGCGCGCAAAUUUUGAACUCGCGUCAAGUUGGCUGCGCGCAACAAUCCACUCCCGUCAAGUUGGCUGCGCGCAACAAACUACUCUUGUGAAGUUGGCUGAACGAAGUUUUCUUACCUGGCAUGAGAGAGCUGUGUUUUGGGCUGGCAAUGCCUGCGUUGUUAGCGACAUCUAGCGGAAUAAGCAAAAAAUGUCCAGCGUUGUCUUUUGUCUCGCACUUUUAUCGACGUCUAUGUCCCCUUGUGCGUUUACUGUCGUUUUGCACGCGCAUUCGUGAAAAUGGCGGCGUUGUCGCUCGCUCGCUGCCAAAUUUUUUGUACAUCCAAAAUAAUCAAAAUAAAGCGACAAUAAAUACAGUGCUAAACAAACAGUGAAUGCCAGAGAAGCGCGCGCGCUCGCUCGUGUGUGUGUGAAGAAAAAUACAAUAAUAAUUCCAAAACCUGGCUAUAAACCCAAAGCAAAAACCUAUAACAAUAUACAGCUAGCUAGGAGUCAGUCAUCGUCGUCGUCGCCAGCGCAGCAGCAGCAGCCGCGUGAAUAAGCUAAGCGAUUGCUGCAAAGUGCUGCGAGCGGUUUGCUGCUCAGCGGAGCACCCUAAAGGCUCUUUCGCCAAGGCAAGCAGCCACGCAGCAUGCGACAAAUAAACAAGAGCAGCACCGAUAACAGCAACAGCAAUAACAACAACAACAUGCCACAGAUGCACAGUUGAUCAGGAAAAAGAGGCGGCUAAAGAACGUCACAAGCAGAAGACAAACUGAACCGACGGGGUGUCCACAUCCAGUUCGUUUUGGCUCUUCAAAAUCUUCACGAAACAGCCACCGCCACCGUCACUGUCAUCACGCAAUGAAUAGCAGCCAAACGGCGCCAACGGCCACAUCGGCCACCAGUAAUCGUAUCACGUUCACCACCCAACCACUGCCCAAUGGCACCAUCAAUAUUGGUGGCCCUGGGGGCGGUGGUGUCGGUGGGCCGACGAUCAUUUCGACGGCGCAACUGCCAAAUACGACGACGAUCAAAACAAUCACGGCGGGCAUGGGUGGACAUGGCGUGCCGGGUCUGUCGCAGGUCCAUCAUCAGGUGCAGCAUCAGCAGCAGCAACAGUCACAUCCACAGCAGCAUCAGCAGCAUCAACAUCAGCAUCAAACGCAAUCAGUAGGUGCCACCCAAACACAAACCUUAGUUAUUAAAUCCAAUCACCAUGCUGUCACCCUGCCGGCGGGUCUAGUAUCAAGUGCACCAGCAGGAAUCGUAACAAUGACCAAGACCAUCAAUCAGUCGGGGCAGCCGCUGCUUAACUCCAUGCUGCCAGCCGGCGUUGUGGUCGGCAUGCGUCCACAGGCGCCGACGCAGCAGCAGCCAAAGAAUAUGCCCGCCAAUCCGCUAAGUCGCGUCGUCAUCAGCAAUUCCCAUAUGGCUGGCGUUAGGCCACAGAGUCCAUCGAUAAAUUUAGGCACACUUCAUACAGGACAAACGCCUGCACUGUUAGUGAAAACGGAUAAUGGAUUUCAGUUGUUGCGCGUGGGCACGGCGACAACGUCUGGCCCGCCAACGAUGACACAGACCAUAUCUAACACCAGCAACAACAACAACAACAAUACCAACAACAACAACACCACAACAACAACCACAAAUCAUCCCAUUACUACACAGAUACGUCUGCAAACUGUGCCGGCUGCAGCUGUAAGUAGAUAUCAUGGCCAAUCGUCAUCCCAACAACUACAACAACAACAGCAGCAGCAGCAAUCGCAGCAGCUGCAGCAGCAACAAAAACAGCAACAACAACAGCAUCAAACAACAACACAAGCAUCCUCACAAGCUACAACUGCCAGCACUAGUAUUGCACUGCGCAAAACGAUUGUCCGUACAUCAUCCACAAUCCUCCCAUCCAGCAAUAAUAAUAAUAAUAACAAUAAUAAUAUUAACAAUACCACCACCACCACCAACAACAACACAACCACCAUUACCAACAACAACAACAAUAAACCCGCUACUAACCUGCAGCAUCAGCAGCAGCAACAGCAGAAGCUACAGCUACAACUGAAGCAGCAGCAACAGGCACAGCAGCAACAUAAGCAACAGCAGCAGCAACAGGCCUCAGUCAGCGCCAGCAGCGCAGCCGCCGCGGCCGCCGCAGCUGCUGCGGCAAAUGUCGCGGCCACAAUUAAGAUCAAGCAAAACUCGAUGACCAACACCACCGCCUCCAGCAACAUAAUUGUCAACUCGGUGGCCAGCACCAAUGCGCAUAGUUAUAGCACCGCCACACAACCGCCGCAUUUGGCCCAGCUGCAGCACCAACAGCAGGCGCCGCAUUUGCCACAAGUGACGCAAAUCCAAACGAUACCAGCACAAGGACAAGGACAGCAUCAGCAACAGCAGCAGCACUCGCAGGCUAAUCAUGUGCAGGUGGCAACGGCAGCGGCAAGUGUGACGGCGGCGGCGAAUGCGAACGCAACAACAACGACGACGGCUGCGCAGGGCAAUACCAAAGAAAAGUGUCGCAAGUUUUUAGCCAAUUUAAUUGAAUUGUCGACACGCGAACCGAAGCAGGUGGAGAAAAAUGUGCGUACCCUCAUCCAGGAGCUGGUCAAUGCGACUGUGGAGCCCGAGGAGUUUUGUGAUCGCCUGGAGCGUUUGCUCAACGCUAGUCCGCAGCCGUGCCUCAUUGGGUUUCUCAAGAAAAGUCUGCCACUGCUGCGCCAAGCGCUAUACACCAAGGAGCUGAUAAUUGAGGGCAUAAAACCACCACCGCAGCAUGUGUUGGGAUUGGCUGGCCUGCCGCCGCAGCUGCCGAAAAUUCAAGCGCAAAUCCGUCCGAUUGGUCUCACCCAGACGACGACCAUUGGACAGACACAGGUGCGCAUGAUAACACCAAAUGCAAUUGGUACGCCGAGGCCGACAAUUGGCCAUACGACGAUAUCGAAGCAGCCGCCAAACAUUCGAUUGCCCACUGCGCCGCGAUUGGCGAUACGCGGCCAAAUGCCCUCCCUGCCAAUGCCUGCGCAGGCGAACAUUGUGCAAAUCCGCGGUCCGACUAACGCACAGCUGCAGCGAACGGGUGCGGUUCAGAUACGUGCCACGCCCCGUCCGCCAAAUAGUACGCCCACGAACAAAGUCACUGCCGUGAAGGUUGGCCAGACACAGAUCAAGGCCAUAACACCCAGUUUGCACCCGCCAUCGCUGGCGGCCAUAUCAUCAAAUAGCGGACCACCGCCGACGCCAACGCUAUCGGUGCUAUCGACGAUAAAUUCGGCAUCGACAACAUCGCUGCCGGUGCCGUCGUUGCCCACAGUUCAUCUGCCGCCGGAGGCGUUGCGAGCACGGGAACAGAUGCAGAAUUCGCUGCACCACAACAAUAACAACCAUUUCGAGCCCAAGCUGGUUGAGAUUAAGGCACCGCAGAUGCAGCACAUUGAACGCAUCAAUGCCUCGCUGACGCCCAUUUCGGCAAAGACGAUGCCGCGCGGUGCGUUUCCCAUGCCCAACAAGUCGGUGACUAAGAAGAAGCGGGACGCACUCGAUCGGGAUGGCAAGGAUGAGAAGGUGAACAGUGGCAGUGGAACAGCAGGUUCGACGGCGGCGGCGGCAGCCGCUGCCAAUUCAUUUUUCCAGCAGAGCUCCAUGUCAUCGUCGAUAUAUGGCGAUGAUGAUAUCAACGAUGUCGCCGCCAUGGGCGGUGUUAAUCUCGCCGAGGAAUCGCAACGCAUUCUCGGCUGUACCGAGAACAUUGGCACCCAGAUACGCUCCUGCAAGGACGAGGUGUUUCUCAACAUGCCAGCGCUGCUGGCGCGAUUACGUACGAUAAGCGCGGAACGUGGUCUCGAGGAACCGUCACAGGAUGUGGCCGUACUCAUAUCGCACGCGUGCCAGGAGCGGCUCAAGAACGUUGUGGAGAAAUUGGCUGUGAUAGCGGAGCACCGCAUUGAUGUCAUCAAGUUGGAUCCCCGUUAUGAGCCGGCGAAGGAUGUGCGCGGUCAGAUCAAGUUUCUGGAGGAGUUGGACAAGGCUGAGCAGAAGCGACACGAGGAACUGGAACGCGAGAUGCUGCUGCGAGCGGCCAAAUCUCGGACGCGAGUCGAAGAUCCUGAACAGGCAAAAAUGAAAGCGAGGGCAAAGGAAAUGCAGCGAGCGGAAAUGGAGGAGUUGCGUCAGCGGGACGCAAAUUUAACGGCACUGCAAGCAAUUGGACCGCGGAAAAAACUCAAACUGGACAGCGAUACGGCCAGUGCGGGUGUGGGUUCGAGUGGCGGUGGUCUGCUGAGCAACACUGGCACAACAACGACAACGUUACGGCCGCGCAUCAAGCGUGUCAAUCUGCGUGACAUGCUCUUCUUCAUGGAGCAGGAGCGCGAGUUUUGCCGCAGCACGCUGCUGUUAAAGACUUACCUCAAGUGAUCGCUGCUGGCGCCGCCGUUGUUCACAUACACCUACGCACCUAUAUGGCUUCCGGCCCUAUUCCUGCUCCUGCUCCUGCUCCUGCACUUACUCCAGCUGUCCUUGUUCUAUCAGCGCCUAACAGCGCCUGCGUUCAUCAAUUUGCAAUAUUAUUUAGCUGUCACAUUAAACUGCGUCGUCCCUUUGUUGUUUUAGUUAGGCGCCCUAUUUAAAUAACGUAUGCGUAGGAAUAACAACUAAAGUGUAAUUAAAUGUUUUUUAAAUCCAA